CGCGUGGGCGGUGCUGGUUUUGCCGUUUGCUGAUGCUCUGCCUGUCCGUGCGUCGAGCGCACCUCACCGGCGGCGGGUACAGGGGGGAGGGGAGGAGAGGAGGAAAAAGGGAGGGGCGAGUUCGUUAUCCUUUCCUCCGAUCGUUUCUGUCACUUGGACCAUCUGACGGGGGUCGGGGUGAAGAAACGGUAAAAAAAAAAUAAUCUCCCCACCCCCACCCCCACCGCUGCCCGGGCCCGGAGCCUCCGCCGUCGAAUUUCAGCACCUCCCGGGCGGGUUGUAUGUAGCACAGAAAACAGCCAUGAAUCACCUGAGAACAUUGACUGCAAAAUUUAAACCACAGACUGUCAAGAGAUUUACUUGGCACCAUGUAGUCUUGAGGUCGGUAUUUCAGACGAGGCUUUACAGUGUAUCUGGAACUCCAGAACCUUUUCUCAAUGGAAAUCAUUCAAAUUAUCUUGAGGAAAUGUAUUGUGCCUGGCGUGCAAAUCCAAAAAGUGUUCAUGAGUCCUGGGAUAAGUUUUUCCAAGCUUCCAAUGCAAGUGCACCUUCAGAAUUGUUGAACAGGCCAUCGAGAAGCCUGCCAGUUGCGGCUCAGGUGCAAAACAGAACUCAAACAUCGGCUCAAGCUGCAAAGCUGAUUGAAGAUCAUCUAGCUGUACAGACGUUAAUUAGAGCAUAUCAGAUCCGAGGACAUCAUGUGGCUCAGCUGGAUCCAUUGGGAAUUCUGGAUGCAGACUUGGACUCGUGUGUUCCAUUUGAUCUAAUCACUUCAAUGGAUAAACUUGGUAUUUAUGGACUGCAUGAGUCUGAUCUGGAUAAGGUUUUUCGAUUACCUACGACAACCUUCAUUGGAGGAAAUGAACCUGCAAUCUCAUUACGUGAAAUCCUAAAACGUUUGGAGAACACUUACUGCAGACACAUUGGCUUGGAGUUCAUGUUUAUAAAUGAUGUGGAACAAUGCCAAUGGAUCAGACAGAAGUUUGAAACUCCAGGUAUCUUAAAAUUUACUAACCAGGAGAAAAAAAGGCUAUUGGCUCGGCUGGUCCGUUCAACAAGGUUUGAAGAAUUUCUUGCAAGAAAAUGGUCUUCUGAGAAGCGGUUUGGUGUGGAAGGAUGUGAGGUAUUAAUUCCGGCUUUGAAAACCAUCAUUGAUGUAUCUAUUGCCAAGGAAGUGGACCAUGUGAUUAUGGGAAUGCCACACAGAGGCCGGUUGAAUGUUUUGGCCAAUGUAAUCCGGAAGGAUUUAGAGCAAAUUUUCUGCCAGUUUGAUCCAAAGCUGGAAGCUUCAGAGGAGGGAUCAGGAGAUGUUAAGUAUCAUCUGGGGGUUUACCAUGAAAGGAUCAACCGAACAAAUAACAAACACAUUACCAUGUCACUUAUGGCAAAUCCAUCACACCUUGAAGCAGUGAAUCCAGUCGUACAAGGAAAAACCAAAGCAGUGCAGUUCUACCGUGGGGACACCAAAGGCAAAACGGUUAUGUCCAUCCUUCUACAUGGUGAUGCUGCUUUUGCAGGGCAGGGUAUUGUGUAUGAGACAAUUCAUCUCAGUGACCUCCCAUCCUAUACUACACAUGGUACUAUCCAUGUAGUUGUUAAUAAUCAGAUUGGAUUUACUACAGAUCCUCGCAUGGCGCGCUCAUCUCCAUACCCAACAGAUGUUGCACGUGUCGUGAAUGCGCCUAUCUUUCAUGUAAAUAGUGAUGACCCAGAAGCAGUGAUAUAUGUCUGUAAAGUAGCUGCAGAGUGGAGGAACACAUUCAAUAAGGAUGUUGUAGUUGAUCUGGUUUGCUAUCGUAAAAGGGGACACAAUGAAAUGGAUGAGCCAAUGUUCACUCAGCCACUGAUGUACAAGCAGAUCCAACAGCAAGCAUCUGUUCUGAAGAAAUAUGCAGAUAAAUUGAUAUCUGAAGGAGUUCUGACACUGCAGGAGUAUGAGGAGGAAGUAGCAGACUAUGACAGAAUUUGUGAGGAAGCCUUUACCAGAGCAAAGGAUGAGAAAAUUCUGGAAAUCAAAGAAUGGCUAGAUUCCCCUUGGCCAGGUUUCUUUACUCAAAGUGGAGAGCCAAAGAGUUUGACUUGCGCCCCCACUGGUGUUUCUGGAGAAGUCCUCCAGCAUAUUGGGAAUGGAGCCAGCUCAGUGCCAGUCAAGGAUUUUACCAUUCAUUCAGGUUUGUCUCGUAUCCUGAGGGGGCGAGCGGAGAUGGUCAAGAAUCAAAUGGUUGAUUGGGCAUUGGCAGAGUAUAUGGCGUUUGGUUCUUUGCUGAAAGAAGGAAUACACGUAAGGCUAAGUGGACAAGAUGUUGAGCGAGGCACCUUCAGCCAUCGUCAUCAUGUAUUACAUGAUCAAGAUGUAGAUAAAAAAACUUGCGUCCCCAUGAACCAUUUGUGGCCAGACCAAGCUCCUUACACUGUUUGCAACAGCUCACUUUCUGAGUUUGGUGUGUUAGGCUUUGAACUUGGAUUCGCAAUGGCUAACCCUAAUGCUUUGGUGUGUUGGGAGGCUCAAUUUGGUGAUUUUAACAACACUGCACAAUGCAUUCUGGAUCAGUUCAUAAGCUCAGGCCAAACAAAGUGGGUUAGACACAAUGGAAUUGUGCUGCUUCUGCCUCACGGAAUGGAAGGGAUGGGUCCAGAGCACUCUUCAGCCAGACCAGAACGAUUCCUACAGAUGUGCAAUGAAGAUUCAGAUGUCUAUCCUGAAUAUACUGAAGAAUUCGAAGUAAAGCAACUGUUUGACUGCAAUUGGAUUAUAGUAAACUGCUCCACACCAGCAAACUACUUUCACGUGUUAAGAAGGCAGAUUCUGCUACCAUUUAGAAAGCCGUUAAUAAUCCUCACGCCAAAAUCCCUGCUAAGACAUCCAGAUGCCAGAUCCCAUUUUGAUGAAAUGAAAACAGGCACAGCAUUCCAACGUAUCAUCCCUGAUGAAGGGCUAGCAGCUCAAAGUCCAGAUGAUGUGAAGAGGCUGAUUUUCUGCACAGGCAAAGUUUACUAUGAGCUUGCAAAAGAAAGGAUAAACAGAAAAAUGGAGAAGGAGGUGGCUAUCAUUAGAUUGGAACAGAUAUCACCAUUCCCCUUUGAUAUGUUAAAAAUGGAAAUUGACAAAUAUCCUAAUGCUGAGCUCAUUUGGUGCCAAGAAGAGCACAAAAACAUUGGCUACUAUGACUAUGUGAGGCCUCGUUUCAGAGUGACGGUACAGUUCAAAAGGCCUAUUUGGUAUGUUGGACGUGACCCUUCAGCAGCCCCUGCCACAGGUAAUAAGAACACUCACCUCACAGAGCUGCAGGACAUGUUGGACACAUCUUUCAAUCUUCAAGCUUUUGGGGGCAUGGCAUUUUAGAUUGAAUGAAACCAAUCUUUAUGAACACACAGUUGGCUGUCAUUCCAGAGAAAUGCUCUUCUUAAACUGCUGGCAAAUACUGCCCAAACAAUCUGUUCAUUUCUCAUGUUUUCCCCAUCACUAUCAUUUAUGACAUCAAUAAGGUCUUAUGUAUGUUUUUCUCUUGGAUGGUUUUGCAAGUAAACUGCAUAUUUUAAACUUUUUUUUAACACAGUAAUGUUUAACUAAAAUACAAACAUGAAAGUUGAGUGUGAGAAGACAAAAAUAUACUGCUCAGUCAUUUUAUGCAUUAUGAUCAAUUCUGUUCAGGCAAGAUAUUAAAAAAUGUAUUGAGAGAUUUAUUCAGUUUUCCUCUCUAUGAUUUUGCAAGGCACACACUUUUGUGGUACUGAAUGAAAUAAAGUAUUGUAAUACAA